GAGACAGUUGUAUUUCACUGAGAAACCAACUCGAUAGUUUGUGAUUAUUCAACAAUCCUGGUGUGCUUCACAUACCCCUACAAACCCAGUAAGUCAUGAACCAUUCCAUCAGUUCAGAUGAUCAACCAGUCCCGGUUAUUGCCAUGGACAUGAUCAUGCCUAUGAUCGAAGAGUUUUUUUGGUGCAUUUCUUUGGAUCAGACGCUGGAUUUGGCCACAGGUAAACCUGAUAACGAAACCAAAUCCGGUUUAAAGGAGCUGCUGUUAAACCUGGCGGAGGAAUGUUCCACCUUCAUUCUCUGCAACAUCCAAAAUGGACGAAUCAGAUCUCCGGAUGUGGACACGGUCAUUGGCGAUGUCCUGCUAACUACAUUUGCAGACAUCCUUCGGAUUAGGGAGAAAGUUCAUCCCAAGACCUUUGACCGUUUCAAUGAGCCAUUUAUUAAAUAUGUCAAAGAAAAGGUGAGAUUUAAGAUCUGUUCCAUGCAAGAUCAAGCAGCUUCCUUUGUCCUCCAAAUCUCUGAGACAGACAGAGUGGACCGAAUCCUACCACACGCACUCAGACUAAUAGAGGAAUUACUAGUGUGGAGCUGUAAAGAACAUCAGCAGAGAAAACGAAAAGCUGCUGAAGGCCAGUAUAAUGCCUUCAACAAGCAGCAGAGAGUUGCUGUUCUCUCUGAUGCUGAUCAUUUCCAAGCUGCGGAGAAACACACCAUCAAAAACCCACCGUACAGAGGGAUCCAAAGAGAUAGGGUGCUUAAUUCCUUCCACGAUAGGAAUAAUAUGCACUUUAAAGUGAACCUGUUACCAGUCAUCGGAGAGACGCCAGACCUUGAGGAGGCAACAGAAAUGAUAGAAGAGAUAGAUCUUGUUCCUGAAUAUCAGGACUCAGACCUGAAGAUUGUGGAUGAAUUCAUCCUGGAGGAUCUUUCAAAGAUCACUAAGGAAAAGGAGUCAGAUCUGAAAAUUGUGGAUGAUUUCAUCUCUGAGGAGCUGUCAGAGAUCCCUGGUGUUUCACUGGAUGUGCUUCAACCAAUGGAAAACUGUGGAUCUCGAGAUCAAGUUGCUCCACGACCCUUUCAACAACAGAAGAACAAAGAUGUUGGCGUCACAGUUAAGGAGUUCUAUAAAAAAUAUAGUGAAGGACGAUACAAGAGAGUUGCACCAGCACAGCAAGUUGAAGAAAUACCACUUCCAUCAGUAGACAACUUCAUCCCAGACAAAUCAAACCUCUCAACAGGGCUACAAUUUGUUAAUGAGGAGCAGCAACCAGAGAUGGCCAGAGAGGUUGCCGAGCCGCUGUCACCGAGUUCAGGCAAGGAGAAGCAGCAGUCAACCAUCUUGCUGCUUGCUAAUGCAGUUGUUACGCAGGCUGUAACACAAUCACAGAUAGACUGCAACUACAAAGACUUCCAAGCCAUCACCAAUAGGCUGUCUGAGAAACUUUAUGCCGAGCUCAUGGAACAAGAGUUAAUUGAUAUCCAACAUAGCCUGAACAAACUCAGCGAUGACAUAAUGAGAGGAGUCUCUAAAAGGAUGUGCUGUGCGAAAGCCGACGUUCUUUCACUGUUGGCUUUAAAUGACUCGGUCGUAGACGAGGCAUUAAUCUCCAUUUGCAGAGAGAAAAUAUUGAAAACAGCCAACAAGCCAGGCAUCGUCAAACGUUUCUGGGCCGCCAUAGAAAAGGCUCUUUUUAACCUCCAAUAAACAGAUUCUGUUUAUCGGAGAACCUGUUUAUUAUAAAAAACCUUAUUUCUUAUUUGAGAAUAACAAGUAAGGUUUCUUAUUUGUAGACAUGGUUUUCUGCAAGCCCUUCAAAAAUGUUUUGAGGAGCAUAGAUAAUUAAAUUGGCAAAGGAAUCAAACAUAUUUAAAAGUUAAUUGGUCCUAGUAGGUAAAGUUUUCCAAAAAUCUAAUAAAAAAAUUUAUGAGAUGCACAUAUAUUGAAACUUAUAUGUUAGGUUCAUUACUGAAACAGUUAAUGAACCUAACAUAUUGAAGUUUCUUGGCCUUUGUAGACAAGGCUUUCCACAAGCACUUUAAAAAGUUAUGAGAGGCACUUUCAAUGGUCUGGGAAAAUAUGGGGAUUCUCUGGCCCAAACAUAAAAGGUGCAACUUGUGCCGUUUUCUGUCCUGAGAUCCAAGAUAGGUGAUAGACUGGCCAUCUCACCUCGGGGUGAGAUGGCCAGUUCCUCUUACCAAUCUCCAAGAUUGGUAAGAGGUAAGACAGGUAAACCAGACAGGUAAACCUGCCUGGCUACUCUCUUACCUCUUCCUGGUGGGGAAGUAUCACCUGCUGCGGUACCUCCAGGUGAUAAUUACACAACCUGCUGAUUGUGUAAUGGUAACUACACAAUAAAGAGGUGCAGAAAUGGAGGAUUGGAUGGAUGGUUACACAUCUUUCUGAGAUCUCUUAGGGAAACGUUGUUGAAAAAAAAAAGCUUAUGAUUGGCUGCAGAGUGCCUGUAGAUUGGAUGGAAAACCACAGUCCAUUCGCCUCCUUCCUACAUCCUCAACAUAUCACAAACCAAGCCAUGCUUCUUUUCAUUUCUUGCCAUUAUUAUUUCUAUUAUUAUUUCCAUUAAACCUCAGUUCAAGUCUGUGUGAGGUUCCCAACUCUUCUUUUUAUUUGGAUAUCAGUUCAACCAUUUCUAUUGGUUGGAUACUAAAAAAACCCUGAUGACCUCUGUGAUGUACUGGUGACCUGUGGAGAGUGACAUCCCUUCUGACCGAGUGACAGUGACAGCUGGAUAUUGCCUCCAGUCCCAUGUGACCUUCUUGGGACCAGUUGUCACAUCCAGAGUUGUGUGCAGGAUGUCUCUUGUGUGCCUCUCCUGCCUCAUUCCAAAGACAUUAGCUGGUGUUUUCUCACAGCUGAAUCAGGAGAAGCUUUAAGAGGAGCAGGCUCCCUGAGGCAGAUACCAGAUUGUUGUGCUCACAUCAGAGGUACGCAGCUUCUUUUCUGUGCGUCUAACAUUUAUGGUCCUGGCGUCUGUUUGGAAAAAUCUCCAGAAUCUCCUCACCACUUCUCUGGCUGCUCUGAUCUGAGAAACUCUCCUUUACAUCUCACCUGCCUGGCCACUUUCUCACUUUUUACUGAUCCACAAUUCCAGCCUGGUCUCCCCUGUAAUAAAGACCUGGAUUCUUGCUAUAAACCAAGAAGACUCAUCAUAUCUAAUGACUAACUUAAGUGCAUAAAGCCUGUACGGAAAGUCCCAGCUCUUCCUUUCUAUAUCCCCCAGAAAGGAAGAGCCACACACCAAGCUGUGCAAAUUUAUUA